CCGCAACGACGUGGAAGAUCGCGUGUUACAAGAUCUUUGCAGAUUCAACGAGGAUGGGUUCAACCGUCGUGCGCGUGCGUAGCCUCCGCUUCUUCAUCGCACUCUACGCGGCGUACACCCGGUACCGCCACCGCCUUACGAGUCCAUCAAACCCGCUCGAUUUCCGCCACUUGGAGCUUGAAGAGCAGCUCGAGAACCUGUACCUAUUCGUCGUGUAUGCGCCGCACGUCGGCGACGACGUCCUCGCCAACGUCCAAGCCGCGCUCCUCGACCUCCUGAGCGAGCUGCGUCUGCCACUGCUCUCGAGCGUGCACAGCUACGUUCGGCGCGAGCGCAUCUCGGUGGCGAUCGCGUCCGACAAGCAGCAAGUCGCGCCCGGGCUCUUCAUCGGCUCGUCGCUCGCCUUGCUCUCGUCGCUCUCGGACGACGCGCCUUUUUCGCGCGGAUUUGUCGCGGCCACAGCGCGUGCGCUGGACGGGAUCGAAGUGGCGACCACUGCGCGCGACACGCUUCUGCGCUUGGAUCUCGACAAGGUCAACUUGGACGCAAUGGCGAGCGUCAACCUCCUCAACGAGCAGCUCGCAUUGCAUGCGACGGUUCUCGUGUUUUGUGAGACGGGUGUGGCGUUUAGCGGCGCCGUCUGCAUCGCGUACCUCAUGCACACGUGUCGACUGCCGUACGAAGCCGCCCUCGCCGUCGUCCGAGCGGCGCGCGGCCUUGUCGAGCCGACACCCGCUCUGCGAGACGUCUUGACCGCGUUCGAGGUCGAUCUUGCAUUGUCGUCGGAGGCGCCGCAGCUGUUUAUUGCGUAAAGAUGGUAGCAUUACCAAGAGGCAGCCCGCAGAAUUUCGUCGUACACUGCCAGGAACAAGCCAAGUUUUCACUGUCGCCAAAUGCAAUACCGUCAUCUCUCGGCAGGACGACAGUACCUCUAUCAUAACGUCUUUGAAUGGCUGUUGCUGACCGGCACAAUUGAACGAU